CUCUCUCUGUGUGUGUGUGUGUGUGUGUGUGUGUGUGUGUGUGUGUGUGUGUGUGUGUGUGUGUGUGUGUGUGUGUGUGUGUGUGUGUGUGUGUGUGUGUGUGUGUGUGUGUGUGUGUGUGUGUGUGUGUGUGUUGCUGAUGCAGGGGCUUCCAGCAUGGCGUCCAUGCAGAAAAGGCUUCAGAAAGAACUGUUGGCUUUGCAGAACGAUCCUCCUCCUGGAAUGACUCUGAACGAGAAAAGUGUAGAGAAUACUAUAACACAGUGGGUUAUUGAUAUGGAGGGAGCCUCUGGCACUCUGUAUGAAGGAGAAAAAUUCCAGCUGCUUUUCAAAUUCAGUAGUCGAUAUCCGUUUGACUCGCCUCAGGUAAUGUUUACAGGAGAGAACAUUCCUGUCCAUCCUCAUAUUUAUAGCAACGGCCACAUCUGCCUGUCAAUUCUAACAGAGGACUGGUCACCAGCACUGUCUGUCCAGUCAGUGUGUCUCAGCAUCAUCAGCAUGCUGUCCAGCUGCAAGGAGAAGAGACGGCCUCCUGAUAACUCCUUUUAUGUAAGGACAUGUAACAAAAACCCAAAGAAGACUAAAUGGUGGUAUCAUGAUGAUACAUGUUGAUGCUGAACUUGACAACACGUUUAGAAAGAAGUUCCUGCUGACGUACAUUAGCACUUUUUAAACUUUGAACUUUAGCCUCGAACUGAAAAUGGAGGACGUGAACUUUUACUCAAGGACCAGCAUUACGAUAACAACGAAAUGGCUUCAAUUAAAGCAAAGACGUCAAGAAUUAAAGGCGGAAUCUCCCAAUCAGGAUUGACUCCAGAAGGACGCCGGAUUAAGCAAUGAGUCCUUAAUUCCGUUUUUUGAUUUUUGGUUUCUUAGCUAUGUCUCAAAUCGCAUGCUUCUGUAGCGCACCAGCCCCUUUUAGUGUGAGCAUUGUGUACAAAAGGACCCUUGAUGACCCUGUUCAGGGUAUAGAGUUGAGCUAUCUAGGUUAUACAGGCCAUGUUUAGUCUCUUGGUUUAGAUAAGAAUGUAAAUUCAAAUUGCUAGUCAGAUUAUCAGUUCAGCAGAAUUAAAAAUUGAGGUAUGGAAGGCUAAACAGAACCAGUUUUAACCAAAUAUUUUCAAAAGAGGUAAGAACAUGCUUUUUGCUAGUGUCAGGCUUUAGUGUAUUCUGUAUCCAUGCUAGAAAUUAUUUUUGAUAUCAUUUUGAAAAACAACAAAGGUUUGGUCGUUGAAUUGAGAAGUUAGUACAUCCAGUUAAUAGUAAAGUGCAUAGUAUGCAAUUUGAGACAAAGCCCUUGUCUUUUUCUACUUUAUUUAAUAUAUUAUUAAAUGUAACGUUCUUUUCUAUUUUUGUUGUGCAAUAAUGAACCUAAAUCGUUUGGUUCAUCUGGAAACGACUUUAGCAUUUAGUGCUUUGUGUUUGUGCAUCUGUUUUUGUUCGAUGUUUAUAUGCACUGUGAAAUUCUCUAUGAAGGCACAGAAAAGUUUAAAUCGAAACCUCACUCACUAAUUUAUUUCUAUUUAAUUAACUAGGCAUGUGCCGAUAAUUGUUUAUAUUACAUACGGCGAUAUUUAAAAUGCAUGAUAUUAUUGUGAAUACUUCAAUAAAUCAUCAGUAGAAGUAAUUUUAUAUUUCACAUAAGACAUUAUUAUUAUUAUUUAAUUAUACUAUCAUAUUAAUGUGUAUUUAUUUUCUUCAAUUUUCCAUUUAUUUGGUUUGUGCUUUUGUUUUUCUUUAAAAAAAACCCAAUAUACAUUUACUGACCACUUUAUUAGGAACACUUGUGCACCUGCUCAUUCAUGCAGUUAUCUAAUCAGCCAAUCAUGUGGCAGUAGUGCAAUGCACAAAAUCAUGUACAUACAGGUCAAAUGCUUCAGUUAAUGAAAAACUUAUUGCAGUGACUUGAAAAAAAUCUUCAAACUCUCCAGUUUUGGUGAGCCAGUGCCCAGUGUAGCCUCAGACUCUUGUUCUUGGCUGAUAGGAGUGGAAUCCGAUGUAGUCUUCUGCUUUGGUAGCUCAUCCACUUCAAAUUUAUACUUUAUGAGAUGCUUUUCUGCUCACCAUGGUUGUAAAGAGCGGUUAUUUGAGUUAUUGUACCGUUCUUGUCAGCUUGAAACAGUCUGACCAUUCUCCUCUGACCUCUUUCAUCAAGAAAGCAUUUCCGCCCACUAAACUGCCGCUCACUAGAUGUUUUUUUGGUUCUUGCACCGUUCUGUAUAAAAUUUGGAGACUGUUGUGUGUGAAAAUCCCAAGAGAUCAGCAGUUUCUGAAAUACUCAAACCAGCCCAUCUUGUACCAGCAACCAUGCCAUGGUCAAAAUCACAGAAAUCACAUUUUCCACCAUUCUAAUGUUUGAUAUGAGCAUAAACUGAAGACCUGUAGCUGUAUAAUUUCAUGCACUGUGUUGUCACGUUAUUGACAAUUGGAUAAUUGCAUGAAUGUACAGGUGUUCCUAAUAAAGUGGCUAGUGACUGUAUAGUAGUGUUAUCUAAAAUAUAAAAUAGUUAUCCAGAACAAUACCACUGACACCAGUACAGUAUGGUAGUGAUAUUGGGAAGCUGUGAUUAAAAGGAUGAGCAGGUAUUGUGAUGUAGAAGGUUAAUAUCGGCACAUGCCUGUAUACUACUGUAUUUUGAUUUUCCUCAUUAAUCAUACAGAAAGUAAUAGACACGUAAAACUUUCGGUAUGUUUAGCAAUGUUCCUUGUUUAUAUGGUUAUUCUGGAUAAACCAAUGAAGACUGAUGACUGUAAUGAAUAUUAGCAAGGCUUCUGUAGUGUAUUUAUUUAUUUGUAUAAAUGAAAUUUUGAAGGGUUUCAAAAGGGCUGUAAGUUAGUCAGCGUAAAGUUUAGCUAUUUGUGAACAGCCAUGUGCCGAUACGACUUUCCGAAUUUCAUAUCAUGAUUGUCUAACAUUUUAUUCAAGCCUACGAUGUGAACACAAUAUUAUUAUAUGUUUACCUUUCUUUACCUGUUCUUAUAGGACAGUGUUUUUAAAUAGAGUUAAAUCUUGUAGCGCAGAACUAGCUAGCUAACUAGGAAAUAACUUUAGCAAGCUAAAUGUAACCAUAGGAAUGACAACAAUAAAGAAAACAUUAGCUUAGGCAAGCUUUAUAAGUGCAUUUCGCAAAAUUAUAUAUUGUUUGUAGAUUAGUUCUGAUUUGAAAAAUGUCUUCGUAGAUGGAAACAGUGCUUUAAAAACAAACAAACAAACAAAAACAACGUUAUCUCUCGUAGUUACAACCAUUGCUAAGUAACAAGCACUGGCUAGAGCAUUACACACGCUGCUAGCUAAAUCUAAAUACUUAGACUAAAUUAUGACUUCAGUAAAUUCACUUCAGCGACAACAUUUUGAAGUGUUCACGAUAACAAUAUUGCGGAAUUAUCGGCACAUGUCUAACUGUGAAGAAUUGUUUUGAUCCUGAUCAUCUUAUCUGUGUGUUUGUUUUCCUGGUCACACUUUUCAGACUCAGGUACUUUUUCCCCUCGAGAAGAAAUCAGCUUUCCUACAGUUAUUUUGUGUUUUAUCAUGUAUAUAUUUCGUUUUUUUUCUCCUGAAGGAAAUAUUUUACAAAAAAUCAAUAUGUAUAUUUAAA